AAGUUACUAUCUAUCCAAACUCCCAUCUAGUCUACAAACUUACAAGAAUGGUCUCAAUCAUGAAGCCUAAUAUUCCUACCAAUCUGCCACCAUAUGGCCUGGACAGAUCUGACGCGCUCCAUCCUUCAUCUAUCCUGGCUAACGAGAAUUUCCGAUCAAGUUCUCUGGAAACAGUACGACCUUCCACUAGGGACGAGAAGGAUCCAGGAGACUUCAUUCCCCCGCCUCCUCUGAUAUCCUGCUCCGAUUUUGUUCCCCGGCCCCUAGUGGAGUUGUUGAUGCGGAGGAAGAAGAAUAGCGCUCUUGGUGUCAAGUGGCUAAAAGGCGACGAGAUCACGAAUAUGGAAGGCGCUAUGCAUACUUUUGUUACUCCCGUCAUAUCGAGGUGUGAAAUAAAUGGCGAUUAUAGUUAUAAUCCUGCCUUUGGUGGUCAUGGCAUCAAUAGAUUCGGAGACACGUUACAAAGGUCGAGAACCGACGGGAGCAAACGGAAAUACCAACUCGCCAGGUUUGUAGUAUUGAGUGCUAGUAUCCAAAUGGAUUUUGAGGAUGCCAGAGUUAUGCUCAGUGCUUGUAUGCUUGAGGGAUCCGAAACUAUCGGUCACGAUAUAUUAUCCGAUAGCGCAUGGGCUAUUCUGGACAAGAAGGCAAAGCAGGACGACAAACAAAGACGAGCCUACGAUGAAUCGUUACGGCAGCAUAUGAUAUAUCAUCUUACGGAAGCACGUCGAUUACCUGCAAGAAACAGUGUUAAAGAUCUAUUGGAUAUAAAUGAAACAAUCCAGCUUUUGGAGUCAUUCAUCACAACACCAACAGACAACGCAGACAAAAUUGUGGGCAAGUUUACCAGUUUGGACAAUCGAAUUAUCUCCGUCGAAAUCCUUUUCAAUACGGCUGUACAACAAGCGAAGAAUGAGCUAGCAGCUCUCGAAGUUUUAUGUCCUCAAGGCUAUGUUUAUACCUACGACCCUGCUUCUAUGUUCGCUCGUAAAAUUGGUGCCACGGUCCUCAACCGAUUUAUGUUGGCUGCUCUCAAAUAUCUAUCUGACCAUUACAAGUUCGAGAAUAUGAGGGUGUUCGGCUUUAAUGAUUAUGCGGACCGAGGUGCAAUGAGUCUGCUUCGUUCGGCAUUGAGGAGACAGGAACAUGUUACUGUCACAAGCAAACAGGAUCUUUUCAACGGAGCAGGCGGAGCACAGGGUUUGUAUAACGUUACACACAUUCCUCAGGCAAGCGGUGCUAUGUUAGUAAUCCACAAUAAUAGUGACGGCUUUGGGCAGAAUAUCGAGACUGAAGGCAUGACCGGUAGUCUUGAUGGUGCUAUUGGCUCAAGCUCGAGUGCAGCUGCAAGUUUGGAAAGGAAUCGGAAAGAUCUUUUAGAUUUCGUUUGGUAGCUAGCACUUGAAAAUGGAAGCGGGCACUAGGAACUUGAACACGAUAGAGCUUUUCUCCCAGGACUAGCUAUAUUUCUUAGAAUUCUACCUCCUACUUCUCACGUACCUACUAGAUACAUAUCUUGUAGAUUGUGUGAUGAUCACGGAGUAUCAAAAAUCCCUCUGUGCCCAACAGACGUCUGGCAAUGGGCACACCACGAGCUUUAUUACACGGGUCCAUCAAAUCCUUAGUCCUAGUACUCUAUACAUG